AUGUCCCUCUCCUCCCGCGCCUCCAAACUCACCACCCCCGACCCCUCCUUCUCCAUCCUCACAAACCCAUACCACCCAACCCUCAAUCCCUCGGGGCACAUCAACCUCGCCGUCGCCGAAAACACCCUCAUGCACGCCUCCCUGCAAUCCCACCUCCACUCCCACCUGCACGUCCCAACCUCCGCCUUCACCUACGGCGACUUCUUCAAGCGCAGCCGCUCCGCCAUUGCAACCUUUCUCACCAAGCAUCUUCACGCCGUGUCCCCCAUCAAGCCGGAACACGUCGCUGUUGUGAGCGGAUGCACAGCUGCGGUGGAACACAUCUCAUGGGCGUUGGCCGAUCCGGGGGACUUGAUCUUGCUUGGGAGACCGUACUAUGGGGCUUUUCCAUGGGAUGCGACGAUUAGGACGGGGGCGAAGCUGGCGUAUGUCGAUUUCGGCGACGAGGAUCCUCUGGGAGAUACUUGCGUCAAGAAAUACGAGGACAGAAUCCUUGAAGCAAAGGCCAACGGAGAAAAUGUCACGGCCUUGCUGCUCUGUCACCCGCAUAACCCUUUGGGAAGAUGUUACCCCCUCCACGUCCUCAUCGACCUGCUCAAGCUAUGCAACAAGCACAAGCUCCAUCUCAUCAGCGACGAGAUCUACGCCCUGUCCGUCUUUGAAAACACAGUCGACGCGGAACCUCCUCUUUGCCACCCUCCUGCGCCCUUCCACUCUGUGCUGUCCAUCGAUCUCACGGGACUGAUUGAUCCCGCAUAUGUCCACGUCAUAUGGGGCAUGUCCAAGGAUUUCGGCGCAAACGGCCUCCGUCUGGGAGCCAUCAUAUCGCAGCACAACAUCGACUUGAUGACGGCCCUGUUUCCCCUCGUGCUGCUCACAUCAGUAUCCUCCCUGACAGAGCACGUCCUCGCAAACAUUCUCGAAGACGACGCCUGGGUCGAGACUUACAUCAAGGAGAACCAGCGCAAACUAUCCACAUACUACAAACACAUCACCACCUGGGCCAAGACCAACGACAUCGUCUACGCUCCCGGUGUCAACGCGGGCUUCUUCAUCUGGGCAGAUCUCGGACGGACAUUUCGCAAGCACCGAAAGGAUGAGCCGGAGGACCUCGACCAGGCUGUUAUGGAUGCUUUGCUGAGACACAAGGUCUUUCUUGCUUCGGGGGCGAGGUUCGGGUCCGAGAAGCCGGGGUGGUUCCGGAUCGUGUUUUCGCAUGAGAGGGAGUAUUUGGAUGAGGGACUGAGGAGGAUUGUUGCGGCGGUGACGACGCCUGAGCCGUUGGAGGAGGCGAGGAUAGAUCUGAGGCGUGGCUCAAUAACGGCUGAGGACUUGUAG